UUUUCUAUAGCCAAUCAGCAUAUAUACCUGAAAUUAUACUACCAUCUCCGCUCCAAUUGAAACAGAUCUGCUAGCUCUGCUGUCUGAAUCCUCCAUCUCAUCGCGGAUCUGGUUUCACAGCUCACCCAGAUCAGUUUGUGCAGAUUCAGAGACGACAAUGGGAACAGCUGUGGGCGCAGUCGACAACAAGGAGACAGCUCGAAGCUUAGCUGAUCUGAAUCCUAGUGUAGUGUUUGUCUUGGGUGGUCCAGGCAGUGGAAAGGGUACCCAAUGUGCAAACAUUGUUAAGCAUUUUGGGUACACCCAUCUCAGUGCUGGUGAUCUUCUACGAGCUGAAAGGAAUUCUGGUUCUGAAAAUGGAACCAUGAUUUCGAACAUGAUCAAAGAAGGACAAAUUGUUCCUGCGGUGGUGACGAUUAAACUUCUGGAGCGAGCAAUGCUGGAGAGUGGUAAUGACAAGUUUCUCAUCGAUGGGUUUCCUCGUAAUGAAGAAAACCGUGCUGCAUUUGAGGAUGUGACUAAAAUCGUGCCCUCAUUCGUCCUGUAUUUUGUUUGUUCUGAAGAAGAGAUGGAGAGGCGCCUUUUGAGUAGGAACCAGGGAAGAGAGGAUGAUAAUGUAGAAACAAUAAGGAAGAGGUUUAAGGUUUUUCUAGAGUCUACUGAAAAAGUUUUAGAGUACUAUAACGCCCAGGGGAAGGUUCGAAAGAUUGAUGCUGGGAGGCCUAUUGAAGAGGUUUUCGAGUCAGUGAAAGGCAUUUUUGGCCCCAAAAAUGAGAAGGCCGAUUAGUUAUUGCAAUGGGGAGUUCAAGAUAGAGAGAUUUUAUUUCUAUUGAUGCAUUUUCCUGCAGGUACCUGAUGUGUUCUGUAUCAAAAUCUAAAUAAUUCUUGAUUGUUACCAUUUUGUUUGGUGCUUUGAUUUGUUUAUGUAAUAGUGCAUACUGUGGAGUAAAGUAUUGCUCUGUUGUGUAUCUUUUCCAGAUUGGUGAUUUCAUAAUGAUGAUGUUAAAUGAUUCAA